CCGCUCCUCCGUGCCUCGCUCUCUCGUACACGCCAUCGAGUCUACCACUACCCCCAACACUCCUCUUCUACUGCAACCUUUAAUACACAACAUCAUCUACGAUCAAUCUCGACAACUGCCGCCAAAAUGGGUAGCGUCGACAAAUGCCCGCUGCACAGCAAUGUUGCCGGCGGCGGCACCAGGAACAAGGACUGGUGGCCUGAGAGCCUCAAGCUCGAUGUCCUCCGCCUUAACGGCGCUGAGUCCAAUCCCCUGGAUAAGGACUUCGACUAUGCCGAGGCCUUCAAGUCCCUCGAUUAUGCCGCCCUCAAGAAGGACCUCACUGCCCUCAUGACCGACUCCAAGGACUGGUGGCCUGCCGACUGGGGCCACUACGGAGGUCUGAUGAUCCGCAUGGCCUGGCACUCUGCCGGCACCUACCGUGUCUUCGAUGGCCGUGGUGGCGGCGGCGCGGGCCAGCAGCGCUUCGAGCCCCUCAACAGCUGGCCUGAUAACGGCAACCUCGACAAGGCCCGUCGCCUGCUGUGGCCCAUCAAGCAGAAGUACGGCAACAAGAUCUCUUGGUCCGACCUGUUACUGCUCACUGGCAACGUCGCCAUGGAGUCUAUGGGCUUCAAGACCUUUGGGUUCGGUGCUGGACGCCCUGACUCCUGGCAGGCCGACGAGUCUGUCUACUGGGGCAGCGAGAAGACAAUGUUCCCUGAGGGUAACGAGACCCGUUACUCCAAGGCUGUCAAGGAGCUGCAGCAGAAGGGCACCGCCAACGGCGAUUACGACAAGGACACAGACAUUUACCACCGUGAGCUCGAGGAGCCCAUGGGCGCCACCCACAUGGGUCUCAUCUACGUCAAUCCCACGGGCCCAGACGGCAUUCCCGAUCCCGUCGCUGCCGCCAGAGACAUCCGCACCGCCUUUGGCCGCAUGGGCAUGAACGAUGAGGAGACUGCCGCCCUCAUCGUUGGCGGCCACGCAUUUGGCAAGACCCACGGCGCCGCCCCCGACAGCAACUGCGGACCUGCCCCUGCCGGCGCCAGCAUCGAGAACCAGGGUCUCGGCUGGAUCAACAAGCACGGCUCCGGCAAGGCUGGCGAUGCCAUUACCUCGGGCCUGGAGGUCGUCUGGACCACCACCCCGACCAAGUGGGGCAACGGCUACCUUGAGUCUCUCUACAACAACGAGUGGGAGCAGGAGACGAGCCCCGGCGGCGCCCCGCAGUGGGUGGCCAAGAACGCCGAGCCCAGCAUUCCUGACCCCUUUGAUGCCAACAAGAAGCGCAGGCCGACCAUGCUGACGACCGAUCUGUCCAUGCGCUUCGACCCCGCCUACGAGAAGAUCACCCGCCGCUGGCUUGACCACUUCGAAGAGCUCGAGGAUGCUUUCGCCCGCGCCUGGUUCAAGCUGCUCCACCGUGACAUGGGCCCCAUUGACCGCUACCUCGGCCCUGAGGUGCCCAAGGAGGAGCUGAUCUGGCAGGACCCCGUCCCCAAGGUCGACCACCCUCUGGUCGACGACAAGGACGUUGCCGAGCUGAAGAAGGCCAUCCUUUCCGCCGGCGUCGAGCCCUCUCGUCUCAUCGCCACUGCCUGGGGUUCCGCCUCGUCCUUCCGCAUCACCGACAAGCGUGGUGGCGCCAACGGCGCCCGCAUCCGUCUCGAGCCCAUGAAGGGCUGGGCUGCCAACAACCCUUCGCAGCUGCAGGAGGUCCUCCGCGCCCUCGAGGGCGUCCGUGAGAAGUUCAACAGCUCCGCGUCUGGCGGCAAGAAGAUUUCCCUGGCCGAUACUAUCAUCCUCGCCGGCAACGCUGCCGUGGAGAAGGGCGCCAAGGACGCCGGCCACGACAUCACUGUCCCCUUCACCCCAGGGCGCACCGAUGCCUCCCAGGAGCAGACCGAGGUUGACUCCAUUGCCUUCCUCGAGCCCAAGGCUGAUGGCUUCCGCAACUACGGCAAGUCCUCGGCUCGCGUUCGCUCCGAGCAGUACCUCAUCGACAAGGCCCAUACUCUGGGCCUGACGCCGCCAGAGCUGACCGUCCUGGUCGGUGGCCUGCGUGCCCUGAACGCCAACUACGACGGCUCAGCUCACGGCGUGUUCACCACGCGCCCUGGCCAGCUGACCAACGACUUCUUCGUCAACCUGCUGGACAUCGACACAACCUGGGUUGACGCUGGCAGUGAUGGAGAGCUGUGGAAGGGCAUUGACCGCAAGAGCGGAUCCCAGAAGUGGACCGCCACCCGUGUCGACCUGGUCUUCGGCUCGCAGUCCGAGCUGAGGGCCAUUGCCGAGGUGUACGGCCAGGCUGAUGGUCAGGCCAAGCUGGUUAAAGACUUCGUGGCUGCCUGGGACAAGGUGAUGAUGCUGGAUCGCUUUGAUGUCAAGAAGAACAAGCAGUCGACGAGCUCUGCAAAGCUGUAGAAAGAUCAAAUGAGGGAAAGAGAAAAUUCUGAUGUUGCAGCGAGUUAUUACCAGCCUUGAAUCACCCCAUUUUCUGUCUGCCAUGCAGCAGUUCUACUCCUUGUCAUCAGCAUAAGACACGAAAAGAUUACAAAAAAAUAAAGACAGAGUUCAACGG